CUCCUCUUACCCAUCCAUCCUUUCUUCUUUUUAGGAAGUUUUCACUUUUUUCUGACUCUGUUUGCCCAGGGUCAGGGUCCUUCCGAGACACCUCCUCUCUUUCAGGCCGAUGCACACCGCCGAGACCUGUCAACCGUCAGCAAUCUUUCCAGGUCUGGACCCUUUGUCGUUGAUCACCCGGGACGCAAACUACCCGGUCUCUCCACCUACGCACGACCGAAACGGGCCACAACCGUCGAGAAAAGGGAAAAGCCGAACCACACAAUCGAGUCAACAAGAAACUUUCAUACAAACACCACAAUGUCUCGCUCCACCGCCGAAAAAGACCCUUCCAUCUUCCCCCUCACCGGCGGCUGCGCCUGCGGCAACAUCCGAUACUCCCUCAAUGCCCCGCCCAUGGUCGUCCACUGCUGCCACUGCACCUCCUGCCAGCGUGAGACCGGCACCGCCUUCGCCCUCAACGCCGUCGUCGAGGGAGACGAGGUGACCCUCCUCCCGAGCAAGCCCGCCUCGCUGCUGCAGCCGCUGGCGUCGUUCCCGGAGUCUGCCUUUGAUGAUUGGACUCCCAGGCAGCAUCAGCAGUCCAGGCCCGCCGACAAUGUUCACGGGACGAGCGAGAACAAGGGCAAGGGCGAUGAUGAUACUGAUGAUGCCGGCAAACGCCGCGUCCAGGCCGGUAUCCCUUCACCCGUGAUCCUCCCCGUCCCCGCCGACUCGGGCGCCCCUCAGCACAUUGCUCGCUGUCCCGCCUGUCUCACGCCCGUCUGGAGCAACUACGACGGUACAGGCCCCCUGAUGAAAUUCCUCCGCGUCGGCACCCUCGACGCCCCUGCGCUGCUGGGCGGUCCGGAUGUCUACAUCUUUAUGCGCAGUAAGCUUCCGUUCGUCGAGGUUGCGGACGAUGGUAAGCCCCGCUUCGAUGAAUUCUAUCCUACCAAGGAAGGCGUUUGGGGUCCCCAAGGUCUUGCGCGCCGGGAGAAGCUGCUCGUUCGGAUUAGAGAGUGGAGGAAGGAGAAUGGGCUGGAUGGGUAG